AUGAAGGUUUCUUUACUACAGUCCCCCCACUCAAGGAUAUGGAGUCGCGAUCGUGUUCCAGCUAUCGUUCAGUUCUGUAGUCUGAUUCUGAGUGGGCUGGCGGGGUGGGCGGGACACUGGCGCGUUGCACGUUCUGCGAAGUCACUCUCGAAGCUUCUGAAAGAAUAUCAAUGUGUCACGCGACUGUGCGACUGGCUUGUGGUCUUUGUGGAGUUGUCACCCUCUGGUAUGCGCCGAACCAUGCGAACGUCGCCCGCUUUUUUCACUGCAAUUGCACGAAUUUUGACUACGAUUUGCUUGGGAUUGUUUUUGGCGAGCGAGGAGGUGGAGCUUUUGGCUAGUGUUGGCGUGGUGAAUAAAAUGCUGUGGCCGUAUGCUUCCCGAUUGGUUCCUGCAUUUUUUUUCUAUUACAACUUCCUUAAGGCGAUAACAAGUGCUGUACUACUGCAGGCGAUGCAUCGUAUCUCAUUUGAGGCAACAGACACUCGAAGUGUAAGUCGGAAGCUGCAGUACAAGGAAAUGCUUCUUUCCUUUCUGGGGGGUAUUGGAUAUAUGGUGUACGCCAUGACACUCCUACCAAGCAAUGCGCCGCGGCUUAGGGAGGCCCUUCACGAGGACCAUUAUAUGUACCGCAUAUACUCUGUGCUUUCAUCACUAUGCCCACAGGCGCUUCAGGUGCGUCCUGCUACACAAGGAUUUAUUGGACUCUUAGCGACAGUUCCUUUCCUUUUUUUAUCAUGA